AUGCGCGGCACUCAGCGGCGACGGACUGCGUCCAUUCCCGACGUGCCUGCGCAUAUCAUGGUCCUGCGCUCGCGCGAGCUCAACAACCUGACCUCUGGCCCUAACUACAUGCCGAUCGCAUCUCAGGCCCUCAGCCCCGAGUACUUCCCUUUCAUUGAGAGCUUCUCCUUGGCUUACGUUCCCGAGUACGGCGUGGUCAAGAUUCGGAACAUUCCGUUUGGCGCAAACCGCCAGGAGAUGAUCGCAUGCCUUGGCCGCAACUCCAAGAUCCUCAGCGACACUAUGGAGCCGGUUCACAUAAUAGUGGACCGCGUGAACGGUAAGACACUCGACGUCUACGUGGAGUUCCUGACGCUCAAGGACGCGCUCAACGCGGCUACGCGCCACCACGAUGCCGUCAAGCGUGGGCAUUACACCCGUCUCCGCAACCGCCCCGUCGUCCUCGAGGUCUCAACCCAGGCGGCACUUAUGGAGAGCCUCUUCCCGUAUGCACGCAGUGUCAAAUGGGAGGGCGCACGGCCGGAGAUCCAGGACAACCCCAGCAAGGGAGCAAACGGAACCAAGGAUAUGAGCUUCCAGGGCUUUGUGACCGAAGAGGAGAUGAUUAUGCUUGUGAAGCAUGCUGAGAUCCCCGGCCGUGUAGGUCUAUUGUUUUUUACCAUGUUCUACUACGCCUUCGUCCCCUUCUCCAAGGACAGCCCUCAGCGCAUCUACGAGUGCAUGAUCUCUACGCUCAAGAAGAUGCCUUGGUACAUGACCGACCAUAUCACCAUUCGCCAGCGCCACUCCAUUUACGACGCCACCUACACCCUCAUCGAGAUCCUGCAGAACAGCAUCCGGUCCCUCGUCAACGUGGACCUCCUGACCCCGCAGCUGCUGCGACGCCUGGUCACCGCGGCAAUGCUCUGCCCCGGCUUCUCGGUGACCCAGAAGGACUGCAUCGCCGCGCUAGCCAUACUCGACGCUCCCACGAGCAAGUCAUUCAACCAGCCCGAACAUGCCGACCAGUGGAACCAUCUGCUCACGCUGUGCCCACGCCUAAACAUCCCGACCGACCUGCUUGACUGGUACAUCGCCAUCAUCCGCGAGGAGACCAUCAUGCACGCCCAAGAGCAGGCUGACCACUCGCGUGAGAUGAGCGCCGAGCUGACGACGUUUGCGAGCGCGGCGCACGGUUACUUUGGCUUCCUGGGCCGCGAAAUCGGCAUGCCCAAGGGCCCCGCGUACGAUAGCAUGACCCUGGCUCAGGCAGCACAGCUCGAGAUCUCGGCCAUGCAGCGCGUCAUCCUCCGCGCGCUCGCCCGCCGCCAUUGAGGGGGGACUGAUUUGAGCAUUAUCUCUCGUUCACUGCUGCGCAUGGGGAGCAGUUUGACAUUCAGUGAUCGAUCGUUUGUGGAUUUGAUCUGAACAAUUUAGUGACACUGCGGCACGUGCGUCGAUGCAGGUUCGGUUCUGGGCGUAUUGCCUACCUACCUAGGAACUGACCGAGUUGGACUUUUGAUAAGUCUUCUUUUACUCUUUUUUCUUUUUAAUCCCGAUAUUGUAUCGUGACAUGACUUCUCGGUAAAUGGGGAAAAGCUGUUAUUUUGGUCGAGUUUCGACUUGACAACCGGCGACACUUUUGUUUUGACCGGGAAUCCCUGUCAAGAAAAAGGGGCGCAUCGCCAAGCACUG